AUGGAUUUCCUUCACUAGAAUGGCAAUCUCAUGAUUCAACACUUGCAGAAGGACUAUUGGGCUUACUGUGAUUUUCUUAAUUUCAUGUCCAAUGUGGGAGAUUCUCCUAAUAUAUUUUCAGUUUAUUUCCCACUAUGGUUUCAACUUAAUCAGACAGUUGCACUUAGAACCAACUAAGUUGGGGCCUGGUUCAACCUUAUAUUUAAAAUGAUAAGGAUUUUAUUUGGUCAUCGCCCCUAUUGAUGGGUACAAGAAACUCAGAUCUACACAAAUCACUCAGGUUCAUGGCUUGAACAAUUUUCCACGUCAUGUGAAACUGGUCCAGGAUGUCCACCAGGUCAUGCCAUGGGAUCAUCUUGUGUCUGGUAUGUAAUGGUAACAGCUACACUGAGCUACACUAUGGGUCGAAUAGAUAAAUCAUCAGUGUCUCUGCACAGACUUACCUGGUCAUUUCUUUGGAGUAUUUUUUGGUUGAUUCAAAUCAGGGUCUGCAUCUCCAGAGUAUUCAUAGCAACACAUUUUCCUCAUCGAGUUGUUCUUGGAGUAAUUGGUGAUAUGCUUGUUGUGGCAGUAGCAUUUGAACAUACAACUAGAAUCCAAACAGCAAGUUUGGGAACAUAUAUCAAGACCAAUAUUUUUCUGUUUCUUUUUGCCCUUGGCUUUUCCCUUUUCCUUAAACUUCUUGAUAUUGAUCUCCUGUGGUCUGUCCCCAAAGCCAAGAAAUAGUGUGCCAAUCCAGACUGGAUCCAUAUUGAUACAACUCCAUUUGCUGGCCUGGUGAGAAACCUGGGGUUUCUCUUUGGAUUGGGUUUUGCAAUCAAUUUCGAAAUGUUCUUUCUGAGCUGUAGAGGGAAGGACAGUUACAAGCUGAAUUUCAAAUUGCUUUGCAUGAUGACUUCAAUAACCCUCCUGCAGCUAUACAACUAUGUUAAGAUCCCAACACAUGCUGAAUAUUUGUUUUACGUCUUAUCUUUCUGUAAAAGUGCAUCCAUUCCGUUGGCUGUGGUUGCUGUGAUUCCUUACUGCAUAUAUGUGUUAAUGAGGCCAAGGGGAAAGAAGAUUAAUUAG